UUUGUUAUUUUACAGUGAAACAUCUGGUGUAUUCCUUCAGUUUAACCUUUGACCCGUGUUAUAGUAUCAACAUAAUGAGCGUUUUAAUUGUAUAGCUACAGCUGGGGUGUCCAUUUCAAUAAUAAUAUGUCAAAGGUUUUAUUGAUGAUUUAACCAGAUGUCAAACGCCAGAGUGACCCUCGAGGAGUGACCACUAAACAGUGAUUACCAGUUUUCUCCAUUGAAGGUUUCGAUGACCAGUAUUAUACUAAUGUUACAUGUUUUCAGUUAUCCACCGAAUGUUUGAAUUAUCAUCUCCUAUAAACUUCUACUUUUAUUUGGAUAUAAUUUCAGUUCUAUUUCAAUGUUAAUACUUAGACAUAAUAAAUAAGUUUGGAAAUAAACACACCACUGAGGCAUAGGGAUAUCUCCAUCAACAGAAGCACGGGAGUUUAAGAAAGAAAAAUAAAAUGGCACUUGUUCAAGAAUCGCUUGGCUUUUCUGUGGCUGAUUAUGUCAUCUUUUCCUUGACGAUAGCCAUCUCAAUUGGAAUCGGAAUAUACCAUGCCUUCACCGGCGGAAAACAAAGAACAGCUUCCGAGUAUUUAGUAGGAAAUAGAAAAAUGAGUAUACUUCCGGUUACUCUUUCCCUGAUUGUUUCGUUUGAAUCUUCUAUUAUGAUGUUAGCAUAUCCGGCAGAAGUAUAUACAUAUGGUAUCAUGUUUUUACUAACUAGUCUUGGCUUUAUGUUUGCAACAUUAUUAGCUACUAGAAUAGUAGUACCAUUAAUUCAUCCUCUGAAAAUAACCAGUGUGUAUGAGUAUUUGGAACUCCGUUAUAAAAGUAAAGGAGUGCGGCUGUUAGGAACAGUCCUAGGAACACUUUAUUCAUUGAUUUAUAUGGGAUUUGUUUUGUAUGGACCAAGUUUAGCUAUCGAAGCAGUGACAGAUUUUCCAUUCUGGGCAUCCGUUUUGUGUAUUUCAGCCGCAUCAGUUGUAUAUACUGCAAUUGGUGGAAUCAAGGCAGUUAUAUGGACAGAUGUAUUCCAAUGUUUGAUUAUGUUUACUGGUGUUUUUGCUGUAAUUAUUAAGGGAACUAUUGACUCCGGUGGUCCAAGGGAAGUAGUAGAUAUUGCAGUAUCCAGUGGUCGCUUAAAUUUAUUCAACUUUGAUCCAGAUCCUACAGUUCGACAUACCUUCUGGGGAUUAGUUAUCGGGUCUAUAAUUCGAUUGAUUGACAUGACCUUCAGACAAGCUACAGUUCAGAGAAUCUGUGCUGUUGAAAAACAAAGCGACGCAAAUAAGAUGCUUUACAUUGCUGGUCCUGCAUUCCUGAUAACACUGUCCCUUGCAUGUAAUGAAGGACUGGUAGCUUUUGCAUAUUUCACAACUAAAGGUUGUGACCCGAUAGCUAGUAAGGCUAUCAGAAAGCCUGAUCAGGUUUUGCCUUACAUGGUGUUUCAUAUAUUCAAAGAGACUCCAGGCAUGGCCGGUUUGUUCAUGGCUGCUGUGUUCAGUGCUUCACUCAGUACAUUAUCGUCACUUCUCAACAGUAUGGCGGCAGUGACCGAGGAAGAUAUUAUAAAACAAUGUUUUAAGAACAUAUCAGACUACAAGGCAACAAUUGCGGCAAAACUUUCAGUGGUAUUUUAUGGAGUUCUGGCUGUUAUCUUUACCAUUAUGAUUGCCAAUAUUGAAGGAAUAAUCUCGCAGUUAAGUACCAGUUUUACAUCAGCAGUAAGCGGACCAAUAACUGGCCUGUUUUUAUUGUCAGUGUUUUAUCCAUGGGCUACUAAAAAGAGUGCUGUUGUAGGCACAUGUGUUGGUGCUGCGUUAGUGUUUUGGUUGACUUUAGGCCAAAGUCUGUCUAAAACUCUGAGGAAAACACAACCUCUACCUUUGGGACCAGUCGAUCAAUGUUUUGCCAAUGGAACAAGUAGUUCCAUGGUGAACUUUAAUAUGACUGAUAUGUUAUAUUCUUACAAUGUAACAGAGUCGCCUGUCAACGUAUUAGUCAAUGACGAACUGGGAGUAUUGGAUAGAUACUAUUCCAUCUCUUACCUAUGGGUCAGUGCAUUAGGUGUCAUAUUUACUGUUGUGACAGGAAUAAUUGCAAGCUUAAUUGAAGGGCUACCAGCCUCAGAUUCCAUUGAUGUCAGAUUUGUAUUGCCAUUUUUUGACCAGCUGUUCCCAUUUAUUCCUAAACGUAUACGGACAAAAUUGUACAUUGGUGUUCCGUUUGAAAAGAGAGAGACUUUACUAGAAAACUAUGGAGAAAAGCAUCUCGAAACAGAUAUCAAUCUAUUACCAAAGACUGAUAAAAAUGGGUCGUUCACCAAUAAAAUAAACGAGGGAAAGAUCUGAAGACUGUCAACUUACAUGAUGUGUUCUAGUCCCUUUGUUGCUAAAA